CACAACUCCAUCUCAUUCACUCGCAUCAACCCAUCUUCUAUUCUCAACCCUCCAUCAGUCUCGUUAGGGUCUUGUCUCCAUGACUGAUCCCACACACCAUAGCAAUGGCUCUCUUCCAUCCCCAGCCCAGCUGGCUCUCGCCAUGGCCAUUGUCAAGCACAAGCCAGCAGACCUAUCCAUCAAAGACCACAUCCUCCAGAUACGCUCAUAUAUCAUGACUGCCAAAGACUCAGAUUCCAACCCCGUCACUUCACAGUCGGACAAAUUCUUCGACAGCAUUUCCUUCUGGCAACAAGCCUACGAACGAUCCGAAGCAGAACAGAGCAAACUACUCGACCGCAUUUUCGAACUAGAGCAGCGCAACACGGCUCUUCUCACUAAAACACAAAAGGGGGAUGUGGUAGAGGAAGAGCAGUUGCUCGAGUCUUCUAAGCGGAAGACGAACCCUAAGAGCGCUGCUGGUAUGGCUACGGCACGGAAAAGAGCGAAAACACAGAUGCCUGUGCAGGGCGGUGGUGGUAUAUUAAGUGUACAGGUAGGACAGGGUAAUGUUCUUGAUCGGGUGAAAUAUAUGGAGGAGUCCACAGGGCCGUUCAUGAGACACUUUUAUACGCUCCAGACGACUUUACAGAAACGACCUAGUCGCUCGAAUGUUGCCCAAGCCGCUGUCAAUUUGUCAAAAGCAGCUGCGGAUGCUCUCGUCAAUUCAGUCCAGGAAAAGAAGAUUCCCACCGGCCGGUCGAAGACAAAAGCCCUUCAGUACAAGGACCCUGAGAUUACUUCUGUGACUAGCAGCAUUGAGAAUACACUCCCAAUGUUGUAUCAAGCACUAGGAAAGGUUUCUGCUUCGGAGGAGAGCACUUCUGAUGCAGGCCAGGUCACCUAUCAUAUCGUUUGCCUGUACGAAGCCGCAAUGAAGACGCUAGGACAGCACUGCAAAGCCAGAUCAGAGCAGCUAUUGGCUACCACGACAAAUGGGAAACCAGCCAAGAAACAGAGCGCAAAGUCGAAGCGGAAGCAGCAAAAAGCAGAUGACGAGGUAGCUUGUCAAAUCACUCGCCUGCUAGGGAUGAUGUUACUGUCGCUGGAUCUUACUCGUACGGAACAUCAAAACCUUCUGGAAGGAGCUCUAUUUAUUCUGUUGAGCCGCGUUGGAAGACUAUUAUGCCUUUUUGUUUUCAAAGAAUUGCAAUUGCGGCCUGAUCUCCGAGUUGAUCCUGCACAACUCCCGCUUCCCCAAGGCCUGAAGGACGUCAGCUUGAACGAAAAGUCAAUUUGUGCAGCGAAUAUGGAAGCCAAGCAUCUCAUCUGGGUACUGGAGAGGGCACUUUCUCACUUGGAAACCAGUUCCUCCUCUCCGUUGUCCUUAAACUUCACGUCCAAGGUUAAGGGAUGCCUUCAGAGUACACUGCUUCAGGCUAUAUACGGCACAGAUAAUGAGUGUUUUCAGGGAGCACUGCGUCGUUCUAUUGCCCCCGAUACACUGGAACUUGACAGAUUGUACACUUGUGCUCAGGUCCCUGAGCAAACAGUUUCUGACUGGUUUACUCAGGAGAUCUGGAGGCUUAUAGGAUGGGAAACUGUGGUGGAGACGGAACGAAAGGCCUAGACUGUUUGUCUCAUUUGUUACUUAUAUUUGUAUUUCCAUUUAUGUGAUUGAAUCUGUUCACGAUCUGAUGAUUCACCUACAUGCCCAGUCCCUAUACACUAAUGUGUGAAAGGGCUACGAGAAGCACAGGUUAAAUUUAUACCUAGUUUAUUUUCAGAAUACGAGCUGCGUUCCCUCCCAAAACAGCGGCAAUAUCAUUAGCGUCCGCAUCAAACGCGUCCUGAAUUGCUUCAUAGUUCGUUGCCACGCUCGGCCACACCUCUUUCUCUUUGCAAUCAAGCGGAGGGAAGAAUGGAUGAUCGGUUCCUAUU